AUGCCUCUUAACCUUACUACUGUUUAUGACUUUCUGAUAUUCACAGAUGCAGUUCCGAAUAAGAUUCUCAGAACCAUGAAUGUUCCUGGACUCACUCGGGAAAAUGUUGCUAGCCAUCUUCAGAAAUAUAGAAAUAUAUUGAAGAAGCAAAGCGCUGCAGUGAUUGAAAAGGAAUUACAUGGCGAGCCUGCAGAUUCGAAAAUAUCAAGUGGAAAUUCAAACAGUAAGAAAAGUUAUGGCACUGCCUAUCGAGCUAUGAGAGAGGAAUUACUACCAGCUGGUGAUUUCGUCGACCAUCUUGGUAAUAUUAUUUCAAGAUCUGAAGCAUUAGACAGAUCUCCCAUAAAUAUUUGUCCCACGGGUAUGAAAGAGAGAAAUCUAAAACCAAGGGAUCAUCAGCUGGAGAUGUUCCAGUACUACCUGCAAUCUCCCGGCCAUUCUAUAGGUCAAAUACAGCAAGGCCGGAUACAUAGUCAUCAUGUGUAUGAAAACCUCCCUCCAACUCCAUUGCCGACCAAAACGUACCACCUUCCUGUACUGGCAGAUCACUUCAAUUUUCCAAAUAUCUUUCCGGGAAUCAAGCUGCACGAUGGAUCCAUGGGAAUUUCUUCUCAGCCUUUUAGUUAUAGAAUUGGGAACCAAGGUGAUGCGGGUAGUACUCGACCUCCUCCUAGUUCUAGCCUUCUUGAUCAUGAAGUUCGUUAUAGCAUUGUUGACCAAGCAGCCGGUGCAAGUAGUACAAGAUUGUAUCCCUAUCGGCCUGCCGAUGAUAGGUACUCUCCGCCCUCUCAAAUGCUUGUGGAUGCUUCAAUUCAUAUGGGUUCAACUUCCCAUCAACAUGCUUCACUUCCCCGGCCCCUUCAAAACUUUGUACUAGACUGUCCAGACUACAUGCAAUAUGCGGCUAUGUCAGAUUUGAAGGGAAAAGGCAAGGCCGCCAACACUUUCCAAUAUUUUCCAGAGCAUGGAAACGCGGAAAGUGGUUCCCAUCAUUGCAGCAGCGGCUUCACGGAUGAUGAUCUUGCUGCCAUUGUCGAAGAGUUUACUAGAGAUGAUGCCCCCCAAAGCUGUGAUCACGAUAGGCUUUGACCGAAGCUGAAGCUCGCAACUUUCAGAAUCCGACAUAGAUAAUUGAACUUCGAGAUAGUGAUCGGUUGCUGGUGACUCUUGCAAGUAAGAUAGUUUUUUGUUUCUUUCGUUCAAUCUAAAACUGUUUAGAGCUGCUCACGUCUUGUGGCGGUGUGGCGGUGGCCUGUGGGUUCUUAUGACCCUGCAAGAUAAUAUUAGUUUUUUUUUUUAUAUAAAUUUUAGUUCAAUCGUUAGCUUUUUGGCAAUGAUAAAAUUAAUUAGCCAUUUCGUUAGAGAUUUGUAUAAAUUUUUGUUUGGGAGAAAAAUUACAGAAUUUGUGCAGGAACUUGAGUUUCAGAUUGUGAGGAUCCUGAUGCAAUUAAUGUUUUAUCUUUUUUUUUUUUUUUGAAAGGAAUUAAUGUUUUAUCUGCUAUA